UACAAAAAUAUUAGGCAAAGUUCGAGGAUUGGCGAGAAGGCAGACGAAGAAGGCGGAGGAGCACCAAACACGACCUGCUAGAGAGCGAAAUAUUCCUGGGGAAUACCGGCCUGCAAGGACCGCCGUCGUCCUUCCCGUCGUCAGUCAGUCAGUACGUCCCCCAGCACUUUUUUGAAUCUUUUUGUAUAUGUGUGUGCGUGAGCGAGUGUCGAGAUAUAGCUAAGAUAUCCCAGAAGAAUCGGCUCUUACAGAUCACUUUCCGUAACUCCUUUUGAGACCUUUGAUAAGCUCAAGCUAAGCUAGGAUCUGAAGCUCCAGUUUGAUCCUAGAAAAGGUAUAGAAAAAUAUAAAGAAUGAUGAUCAAGGAAAACCAAUUCAGAGCGUAUUAACACAAAAGUCUGCUGGCAGCAAUCAACUUUAAGCCAAAAUUAUUAAAAAUCUCAAACGAAAUUGUUAAAAAAGAAAUUGCAUACAACCAUCAUCACACUUUUCCAAUGUUUUAAUUUUUGUGUUGUCGACUGAUGCAAAGAUAAAAGACCAAAUUCGUUAAGGAAAAGCAAUUCUCCCACGCAAACAAAGUAUAUUCAAAUAAAAAGAAAAAAGUAACUAUAAAGUAACUCAUUUUUAUUCAAACAUAAAUUUGAUUUUGGUAAAUGUGCGCUAGCUAGAACCAUAAAUAUAUAUACAUUAUAUAUCUAGUCGGAUAACAUUUGCAUACCUUCGUCGGUGAGUGUCUAGCCAAUCAAUCUAUAGCCUAUAGGAACCAUAUAUACCACAAGGUUUUAUACUGAAUUUAUAAAGUUUUGGGUAAGGGCGCAGUGCGCAUCGAAAGGCCCCAUCAAAGGCAGCAACACCAAACUCAAUAUAAACCCACAAAAAAUACCGUAAGCAAGUGUUUUUUUGUCGCAAAUAAAUAAAUUUACAUAUUUACACAUAAAUGAAUGAAGUUAAACAGAAGUAAUAUUAAAUAAAGACUUGAAUUUCUCAAAGAAAUUAAUAUUUAUACAAGAACAAGCGAAGAAGAAUAAGAAUAACAAGAAAAACGGACUUCCAACGAUUUCAAAAUACGACGAAAUAUUUUUAGAGCAAGAACCCUGCAACAAGCUAUGAUAACAAAAACAAUGCAAAUCGGUUAACAAAAUAUUUGCCAAAUCUAUGAAUGAAUCAAAAACGAACAAAUAAAACGGCAUAAACGCAAACUUAAUGAGAAAUCAAACGUCGAGCUACAAGAAUUUAUACUAAAAAUAAAAACAAUGGAGUAAAGAAUUUGAGGAGAACCAAACAAGAGGACAAGUGCAAAAAGCGGAUUUAGGGGAAAGGCGAGGGAAAAAUCGAGAUCAACAUAGAUCAGCUGUAAAGUGAUAUUUUAUAAAUACCCAAAAUAUCAGUUAAGGACAACGACUUAUAAGAUUGAGUGAAAACGAGCGAGCAAUCGAACAGCCAUCAUUUAUCAAGGAAAAGAAGAAGCGAAGAAAGCAGACAAACGAGGCAAAUAAAAAAGAAAUAGGAGGAGAAGUCAACAAAAACCAAACACCACCAAAUAAAACCAACUACUAUAAAUUUAAAACAUAACGAAUAAUCAUAUUCAAGAGGAUAACGGAUAACACAACUAACUAUAUAUAUACGAUAUAUGAAUGUAUAUUUGAAAACCAAAGCUAAGUUCCAGUCAAAGAAAGAGAAAACCAAAAAACCAGCGCAAAUUUAGUAAAAGUCAAAACCAAAUUAUUGCUAUCUUUUUGCAUUUUUGCAAUUUUAUAAAAAAUAACAGAGAAAACGAAAAAGAAAACCAGUAAAAAACCCAAAAAACCACAACUAAAGGUCAUAAUAAACUUUAACAUUCGGAGAAGCAAAAGCGAAAAAAGUAAACACAUUUAGCAAAAUUUACUCUUUUAUCUAAACGAAAACCAAACAAAAAACACAAAUCAAAGUAAAACCUAAUUCAAGCAUAAAUAAAAUUUUAAACGUUUUAGACAGAGAACGCUCUAAACUUAACUUAAAAAAGCAAAUACAUUUUUUUCGCGAUCGUAGUUGAUCUAAAAACCCCCCAAACCACAAAAAAACCAAGUAAGAUCGGCGGGAAAAGGCAGUUGUGCAAAGCGCAGUAGCAAAAAAGGAACUCAUAAGAUAACCCCGAGAAAGGCAGCCCCAUAAGUUUUAAGCGAAAACCAACCAACCAAGCAGUGAGAUUAGCUACUAACCAAAAAAGGACUAAAUCAGGACAGGAUCAGGAUGACCAACGCCAUGGACAUAGUGAAGAACGGCAGUGCCAAUGGCUCCGUGGACGGCAGCAAUGAUGAGUCGCGCACCAAUUUGAUCGUCAACUAUCUGCCGCAAACCAUGACGCAGGAGGAGAUGCGAUCGCUCUUCUCCAGCAUCGGUGAGCUCGAGAGUUGCAAACUGGUGCGUGAUAAAGUCUCAGGUAAUUUGGUCUUGCCAGCAUCGUUGACCGCUCUCAACCCGGCACUGCAGCAAGGUCAGAGUCUGGGCUAUGGCUUUGUUAAUUACGUACGGGCCGAGGAUGCUGAGAAGGCUGUGAACACCCUGAACGGUCUGCGUUUGCAGAAUAAGGUUAUUAAAGUAUCAUACGCCCGUCCAAGCUCAGAAUCCAUUAAGGGUGCUAAUUUAUAUGUAUCGGGUCUUCCGAAAAAUCUAUCACAACCAGACUUGGAGGGGAUGUUUGCUUCGUUCGGCAAAAUAAUUACAUCUCGUAUACUCUGUGAUAAUAUUUCUGGUCUAUCGAAGGGCGUCGGUUUUAUCCGUUUCGAUCAGCGCAACGAAGCCGAGCGGGCCAUCCAGGAGCUGAAUGGCAAGACCCCGAAGGGCUACGCCGAACCGAUCACCGUAAAGUUCGCCAAUAAUCCCAGCAAUAGCGCCAAGGCCCAGAUCGCCCCGCCCCUCACCGCCUACUUGACUCCCCAGGCGGCAGCGGCCACCCGACGUUUGGCCGGAGCUCUGCCCUCCGCCGGUCGUAUAAGGUACUCACCGCUGGCUGGCGACCUAUUGGCCAACUCAAUCUUGCCGGGAAACGCAAUGACCGGCUCUGGAUGGUGUAUAUUCGUCUAUAACCUGGCCCCGGAGACCGAGGAGAACGUGCUGUGGCAGCUGUUUGGGCCCUUCGGGGCGGUGCAGUCGGUGAAGGUGAUCCGGGAUCUGCAGACCAGCAAGUGCAAGGGAUUCGGAUUCGUGACCAUGACCAACUACGACGAGGCCGUGGUGGCCAUCCAGUCGCUGAACGGAUAUACCCUGGGCAAUCGGGUGCUCCAGGUCAGCUUUAAGACUAACAAGACCAAGACCACUUAGGCGAACCCGCCACUCUGGACUAGACCUCUCCAAUACUCCAUGAUCUGUUUGAUUUGACGACACCUAGACUAUGGAUCGAUCUGAUCUGAUAUGAUAUGAUCUAAUAUGAUAUGAGACGCUGACAGUGUAGUCGAAAUUGCGAAAAAAUUAGCGCGAGUUAUGAUAUGUCUAUCAUUUGAUUUGUACGCUAAACGAAAUUAUUAUGAUUGUAAUUCUAAUGAAAUCUUAGUGAAAAUUGAUUUAUUUCCAUCUCUAUAAUUUAAUUUUAUUAACUAAACCAAAAAAAAAAAAAAACAAAAACAAAAAAAAACAAAACAAAGCUUGAAUGAGGCAACCAAAAAACACAACACAGAAACUAAGGCAAACUUUAGAAAAAAAGGAUGAGCAAGACAACUGUCUAUAAAUCGACAAAUGAGAAUUAUGAGAAGGUAAUAGGGUCAAGGGAAAAACAAAAGAAAAAACGAAAAAUAAAAAACAUCAAAAAUAUGAAUGAAAAUGAUCUAAGUCGCAAUAUAUAGUAACUAUUUUUUUUUUUUAACUUAUGUAUAUGUAAUUCAAUUCGAUUAUAUUCAAUUAAACAAAGUAUUUAAACAAGCUAACCAAAUGAUUUAAUGUCUAUUGAUUUAAGAUUUACCAACAUAACUCUCUCAGAUUACCUAAGUACUUAUUAUAAUGGAUAUGCAUAAAUAUAUUGUAUUGUAUUGUAUUGUAUUUUGUGUUCGUUUCGCAACCUUACCCUACAUUACAUUACAUUACAUUAAUUCUAGUGCUAUUCAGCUCUUAUAUUUAAUUCGAUUCGCCAUGAUUUACACUCGAAGACGAAACGAAAAUCGAAGAUAGGGCCGCGAUAUAUUCUCCAAACGUAACAACUAAAAACCCCCGGCACCCAUACCCACUCACACGUAACCAUUAUUAUAUAUAUGUAACCAGAUUUAAUUACCUUUUUUUCGUCGUCUAAGAUUCGUAUUCGUAUUCGUCAAGUGCAAACCAAAGUAAAUGAAACCAAGAAAACUUAUUAUAUUAUAUUACAUUAUAUAUUAUUACGCCUACUUAUUAUUCCAUUUUUAUAAUUAUUAUAACUUAUUGAAUGCAACCAAGCGAAACCAAACAAAACCAAACAAAAAACAUUACUACAACUUAAAAUAUAUAUUUAUUAUUAAAUAAAUGUGUGACUUAUUCCAAAAACUAUGCAAAAAAAAAAAAAAAUGAAAAAAACACAAAAAACUAAAACACAAAAAAUUGUUUUCUUUUUUUCCUCAAAUAUCCACACACACACACCUAAAAUAGAGCUGGCAAGAAUUGAUUAAUCUAUUGGUAGGAUCGAUUGUUUUUUCUAUGCCAAACAUCGAUAUUUUUCAGUCCCAACUGAAAAAGGGCUACAAACAUUCCAAGCCAUUUUUUAAAAUGAAAUUUCGUAUUUUUGAAGUAUUCGAUAAUCAGUUUGAUAUUCUCGAUAACACUAUCUAUUUACUAUCGAUGCUUUGCCAGCUCUGAUCUCUACCCACCUGAAAAUUGGCAAUAUUGCAGGCAAAACGCUUUCACAGUUGAAGUGAUCAUUGAAUAAUUGGAUCGGAUCGAAGGUAUAUCGAAUUAUCGCCCGCAAAAAUCGGAACUUCAGCCGUGCAAAUCGCUCCACACACCUUACCACACCGAACACACAACAACAGCACUCGCAUUUAUACAAAUAUAUUUAAAAUACAAACUAUGUUUCAAUGCUCUCUAAGGUAUAACUAAGUUUUAACUAAGUUUUACGCCUACUAUAUAAAUAGAUAUCUAACCGAACACGAACUCUAUGUACGCGCAUCAAUAUAAAUUCGAUUUUCCAAUCCGAUAUUCUACUUUUCAAAUCCGAGAUUAUUUAGUAGAGUCCACUAACAAUCAAUGUGUGUGUCUGUAGUUUAACUGAUGGCGAGAAAACCGAGUGGAGAUAUGAACAUUUUUUAACAAGCAAAACUUUUUUUUGUGUAUUUAGGGCUUUAGGGUCAGGCCACAUCUACAUGGCAAUCGGCCAUGAGGCGGUAAAACACUAAAAAAUAAUAAAUACGAGAAAAAACAAAAUAAAACUAACUUUAAACUAGGAAAACCAAGGACAACAAAAAAAGCGAACAACAACUGAUGUUAAGAGGAAGUUGCGAAGGCAAAUUGAAAACACCAAAUUUUUAAAUAAAUAAUAUAAAUGAUGUAAAAUUUUUUAAACAAAGAUUUAUAGUAAAAUUUAUUAAAUAUAUAUAUACAUACAUAUAUAUAUAUUUGUAUUAAGUAUGUAUAACGACAUAUACAAAAUACACAUGGAUAAGAGCAUAACGAGAAACCACUACGGAAUCACGAAAUUCCAAGGAAUAUGAGCAAAGUAAAAUGUGAAAUACAUUAAAAAAAUACCUAAAAUUACCUAGAGACGAAAAAUCAGCAGAAGACCGGAAGUCCUCGAAAGAGAACUGCCGCAAGCAGUUCGCUGCUGUUCGGCACAAGCAGUUCACCGUUGGGACUCUAAACGAGAAAGAGAAAGACAAGAUCUUCAAACGAAUGCUGAUUCGUUUUCCACUUCCCGGCGACUAGUUAACCUACUCAAUACUCAAUAUGGCAUAUGGAAUAAUCAAGUAAUCAAGUAAUAUCCGCAAAAUAAACGCCGCAACGCAGCUGCGCAGGCGCGUGUGUCAUUCACAAAAGCAAUAUGGAGAUGUGGCGCGAGUUGGCUGAUUUGGCCCAUGCAGACUUACUAUAUAUAUAUAUUUAUAUAUAUAUAUAUAUCGGAUGGAGGGAGGCGAACGGAACGCAGUUGUACAAAUCGCAACUCAGCGACUCGGUCACAUUCAUACAUGGCACUUACGCCGCCACUUACAAUUUACCCGAAUAAAAAAAGAAAAAUCGAAUAAAAGACCCAUAUUAACCAAAGCAUAUUAGUUUAAAGUCAGCUAAAUAAAAACCGAAAAACACACGCAGAACUAUGCAAAUCCACACACCGAUCAGUUGACAAAAGUUCUUCGAUAUUAAUUUUAGUAAAAGAAACAAAAUACAAAAUAAACAACACAGCAGAAUGCAAAACUAAAACUGAACCCAACAAUGAAAAUCAUCAACUAAGCAUGAAAUGCAUUUAAAAAUUAAAUACAACAAAUACAUAUUUAUAUAUAUAUAGAUGUAAAUGUCUAUUUGUAUGGCCAGGAUAGCGAAAAUAUGAAAUUAUAGCCCCGUUAACAGAAUCGAAAACCGAAACAGAGCAACACCAAAACGAAGAAUUUGAAGAUAGAAACCCGUAAAAGACCCGAAAGCGAAAGUGAAGCGUUUUAGCAACGCCUCCCGAAGCUACACCCGAAAAUCAACUUCCAACAUUUUUAUUGAUAUACACUAAAAUCUAGACACGUAAGACGAUUUCAUCGAUACCAAAAUCUAAGCUAAGACGACGAUUGCAUGCAUAUUAGCGAAUAUGAAACUUCAAUCUAGUGUUUAAGCAUCGAGAAAACGUGCGACAGAUUAUGCAAAAAUCCAGAUUUAAGCGAAAAAACAAGCCAAAAGCGUUUAGAAACCAGGAAUACAAAAAGAUAAUGGUCGCCUGAGGCAAAUGACACGGUAAGCAGUGCAAGCAGUCAAGGAACUUUUUACAAGCAGUUGGCACAACGGAAAUUGCUUUAGAUUUAAACAGGAAAACAAUGUUGAAUUAUUUGCAAAAUUCAAAGGAUUAGUUUAAAAAGGAAAAAAAACAAUAAGGAGAAGACAAAAAAAUAUACGUAGCCGCUUUGUCAGACGGAACGCGCCCAAACCAAACUAAUUAACUAAGUAAACACAAAUAAAUGUAAAACAAGAAAAUCGCAAGAAUAUUUAAAUCAAUUUUUUGCAUAAGAAAAUCGAUAACCGUUAUGCAUAUAUAUACAUACAUAUAUAUGUAAGCCAACUUUAUAUAUAUGUGUGUGCGCAAGAACAAAGAUCCAUGAAUCAAAACCAAAAAAAAAAAACCAAAAAUCAGAACUCAACUUCAAACUUAAUUAAUUAUUAUCCAUUUGAUUGUGUAUGCUAAUUAUUAUUGUCUAUAGCGUAUCGUACAAAUAUUAAUAUACUUUUCGUGCAAAUGCAAGGGCAGCACCUAUUUAUGCAUUACCCUGCGAUCGUACUUAUCCAAUUAGUUAACCAUAUACCGCAUACCCAUGUACUUACCUUACUUUAUAAUACGUAUGCUUACUUACUCACAUUUCGAUAUUGUAUUCGUAGCCCCUGAGUAGAACUAUUAACGUUUUUUUGUACACCCUCCAAGUCACACGACCACGACCCAAACACCACCCAGCAGCUAAAAAAUGCUCUAACUUAAUGUAUUGCUUACAUAUAAGUAAUAUGUAUUAGAGGCCAGCAGGGAUCUAAAGAGUGCUCGCAAGAGAACAGCGCGAAUUCUUGAGAUUCAGAACAAUUUGUUCUCGAAAAUGUUUCUAAUUUAAUAUCAUCGAUGUUUCAUAUAUACAUUUAAAGGGUUGAUAACUAAACAAUCACAAAAGUCUAAAAUGGAAAUACAUCUACAGUGAUGAAUCACUCAACUAAUUUUUAAUUAUCGGACUUUUUUAAUGGUACUGAUUCAAAGCUCUUUAGGUUCCUGCGUCUCAAGUAAAUUUAAAUGGAUAGGCGCAUAUUUGUAUGUAUUUACCAUAAAUAUAGCUAACUUAACACAGACACAGACAGACCACACCCACACCCACUCACACAGUAAAGGAAAUGAUACCGAGGUGACACAAAUUUAGAUGCAUAUUAUUAUAUAACUUAUAUUGGAAAACCAAAGCGAUAAGAUGAAAACGUAAAUUUUACUAUACUCGUACAUAUAAAUUAUAUGAAUGUAUGUAAAUUAUUAUUAUAUUUGUAUUUUAUUGUAUGAAUUAGUUUUGUUCUACGCUCUUUUGCUCUUUCAUAAACAAAGAAAAAAAACAAAAAACCAAAAACGAAAUCCAAACGAAACUCGAUUACAAAAACUAAAACCAAACAACAAAAAGCCGGCAAGCAAUGGUAUACAAAAUAAAAUAAAAAUAUGACAAAAGAAAAUCGACAAAAAAAUAAAAUAAAAUUGAAUGAAAAAUUUACCAAAAAAAAAA